AUGGUGAAAGAGCGAAGGACAAUGGCCGAUACGAAUCGCCAUAGUAGAGGUAUGGAGCGAAUGGUGGUGUGCAAGUGGCUUUUAUACCAUAACAGUUGUGACACAGUAGAAGCUCGUUUGUUGAAUUAUGCGGCACUCCGACGAUCUCUAACUACGAUAUAUCGUGGAGCGCAAGUGAGAAGUACUUGUACGAGGCAAACAAGCGGUUGUACUACAAGUGUUCGUACGAGUACAGUACUCAUAAGUACAGAACUUGUACCAACUUGUAUGAAGUCACUCAAUUACUAUAGGGAUGAACAGAAACACAACUACUGGAAGCAAAAGGGAGUGAAAGGAAACAGAAACAGAAACAGAAACAGAAACAGAAACAGAAACAGAAACAGAAACAGAAACAGAAACAGAAACAGAAACAGAAACAGAAACAGAAACAAAAACGGAAACAGAAGCAACCUGAAUGUUGUCAAAAGGAUACUUGUAGUAGAUUCAGCAAGGUGCAAGGUAACAUCAACCUCGGCUACAGUAAACUUGGGAAAUUGA